GAAAGGAUGGAGGCCGGGGACUAGUGAGUGUGAGAGCCACUGUCCAGGAUGAAACAUCCAAGCUCCAUGAAUACAUCAAGGAGAAGGCUCCAACGGAUGACGUACUCAGAGAAUGUCUCAGACAAUGGGGAACAGAAGAUGAGGCGCUGGAAGAGGGACCAUCAUGGGAGGACAAUCCCCUACACGGGAUGUACCACCGGACCAUAACUGAAGUGGCUGAUCUCAAGAAGUCCUAUCAGUGGCUAGAGAGGGCUGGCCUGAAGGACAGCACAGAGGCACUCAUCCUGGCUGCUCAGGAGCAGGCCUUGAGCACCAGAGCCAUCGAGGCCCAGAUAUACCACACCAGACAAGACCCAAGGUGUAUGUUGUGCAAAGAGGCACCUGAGACGAUCCAACACAUAACUGCAGGGUGUAAGAUGCUGGCAGGGAAAGCCUACAUGGAACGCCAUAACCAGGUGGCUGGCAUAGUCUACCGAAACAUCUGUGCGGAGUAUGGACUGGAAACCCCAAGGUCAAAAUGGGAAACACCUCCGAAGGUGGUGGAGCAUGACAGAGCGAAGAUCCUGUGGGACUUCCAGAUCCAGACUGACAAGAUGGUAAUGGCGAACCAACCAGAUAUCGUGAUCAUAGAUAAAGGGCAGAGAAAAGCCGUUGUAGUGGAUGUAGCGGUCCCAAGUGAUGGAAACAUCAGAAAGAAGGAACACGAGAAACUCGAGACAUAUCAAGGGCUCAGAGAGGAGCUGGAGAGAGCCUGGAAGGUAAAGGUGACAGUCGUGCCUGUGGUGGUCGGAGCACUCGGGGCAGUGACCCCCAAACUAGAUGAGUGGUUGCAACAGAUCCCGGGAACAACAUCAGACAUCUCAGUCCAGAAAUGUGCAGUGCUGGGAACAGGAAGGAUACUGCGCAGAACCCUCAAGCUUCCUGGCCUCUGGUAGAGGACCCGAGCUGAAUGAGGGACAGAUACCACCCGAGGGGGGGGGGGGGGGGG